AUGGCCAACGCAAUCGGAUCAGCAUGGCGCUCCUUUUGGCACACCAUGACUUCCUACGACCGUCAUGCCUCUCAUGAUUCACCUUACCGCACCGGUCGGCAUGUUCCCCUCAGUCAAAGUCGCCAUGAACCUCUCACCUCCAUUGCCACCAGCGCAAUCGAGUCUCGACCCGAUCUCUCCAGUCCAUACGACGACGAACCUUCCAAGGGCUCUGCCCAAGUCACUGAAUGGAACGACUCGUCCGCCGAGGGCGCCGCCGGCAAUCGCCCCUAUUCUCCCGGUAUGCGAUCCUUCUCCUCGCAAAAACGGGGCUCCAAUGAGACGGAAGUGCCCUCGGAGAUUCAAAUGCAGAGCUUCCACGACGGCGCGCCCCCUCCACCCCCCGUGGCGCAUUCCUGGCGGAAGAUCGAGCGCUGGUUGGAACACAACUACGAAGAACUGUUGGAUAACCUGGGCGAAGGAUGUACACAAAACGACAUCAAUGAACUGGAACACGAGUUGGACUGCACAUUGCCCCUGGAGUUGCGUGAGUCGCUGAUGAUUCACGAUGGUCAAGAACGCGGUGGUCUGCCGACCGGGGUCAUGUUCGGAUGUAUGCUUCUGGACUGCGAAGAGAUUGUGCAAGAACGAAGGAACUGGAAGAUUGUCAACGAUGAGUUCUUGAGUCAGAACGGUCCUCCUCCCGCGGCUGUGUCAAGCUCCGUUGCCGGCUCCUCGGCCGCCGCCGCUCAGCAACCAGCGGGUGCCUGGCGCAACGAUCUGCUGGACCGUCAAGAUUCACAGCCCCCGAGGGCAUAUGCGCACCACGGCUGGAUCCCUGUCACCCGCGACUGGGGUGGCAAUCACCUCGCCAUCGAUCUGGCUCCCGGCCCGGCUGGUAAAUGGGGCCAAGUGAUCAUCUUUGGCCGUGACUACGACUGCAAGUACGUGGUGGCGCGCUCAUGGGCGGCCUUUUUGGCCAUGUUUGCGGAAGAUCUCUGCAGCGGCAAGACCACCGUUGACGAGGAGACCAACGAAAUGAAGCUGAAGGAGUUCAAGUCGCAGAAUGUCGAGCCUCCUUACUUGGAAAUUCUCCGCUGGCGCGUGGACCAGAAGUAUGGUCGUCGGGCUCCCCGGCGGCGUGGUCCUCACGGGUUGGGUGUCAGUGGCAGUGGCAAGGCCAGCGGCCGUGAGUCGCCCUACGGCAGUCCCACUCGCACUGAGGAACGCGGUCGCUCUCCGCACCGAUUCAACAAGGGAUCUGCGCAAAGCCCCAAGAACACCUUUGGCGUGUCCAGUCCCUUGGCCCGAGUGACCGAAGAGAUUGCCAGUCCGAUUACCUCGACGGGUCCGGUCAUCUCCGAAGACACUCGUGAAUUGACCAAGGAAGCCGAGCCGGCAGAGGAUUUGCUGAUGGAGGUGGCCACACCGCAGAUUUCCAAUAAGGAGAAUGAGGUGUCGGCCAAUGCCAGCGAGCCCAAGCCGGUUGAGGGAGAGAAGAAGGCGAAGAAGGAUAAAGCCGAUGGUGCUGCCGAAUCGGCGGACCCUGUUGAUUCGGAGGUCUUGGGAGAGAUGAAGAACGUGGCCAUUUAA